AUGACAACAAUCACCUCGUCCUCAGCCACUGCCACCAUGACUUCUUCCACGACCUCAACAGCUACGGGAACCACUUCCACUUCUUCAUCGGCGACGGUCACCACAACAACAAGUUCCACUGUGACGAUGACGACCUCCACAAGCAGCAGCUCAACUGCCACCGAGACCACCUCGACAUCCACGACCUCGACCACAGCGACCGCAACCACCACUUCUACGACGUCGGAGACUGCGACCUCAACGACCACCGCAAGCACUUCUACCACCCCUUUCCGUUGUGCUUCGACGUUCAUCCUCGCGGAUGAUGGAGAGGAGUUCGAUGGGUUGAACCGUGGAAGCAGUUCUGCUUGUGACAAUCUUCCCGUCGGGACCACGUGUGAGGUGACCUUCAACGCGGGCAGCGGCAGCGACCUCUCCGGAUGCAUUGCUGCCGGCACCUACACGUGGUUCUGCCCGGCUUUGGGGUCAGAAACCUCGAGAGUGGAGCUCCAUGCCCUGGACCCCUACAUCCAGUGCCGCGUCUGUGAAGCCACGUUUGUCGAUACCGAUGAGAAGACGGGAGACUUUGCCGGCAAGGUGGUCUUCGGACCCAACAUGGUGAACGGAGUCGUGGACGAGACAGUGCUGGACUACUACGUGGUCCUCCCGAUGGACGACUGCGGGCACAUCCCCUUAAAUCAAGCUAUUUUAGGCCACGUCGCCAAGAGCAGUACUCCCCCCAUCUGCUGCGAACAAGAUAUGUACGAGAUCAGCAUUAGCUUGCCUCAAUUUGCCUACAACAAGAUCGUGGUCGUUCCAGCUGGCAGCAACUACUCUUAUGACUUCCUUGAUGAUGGUGUGGUUAUUGAUCUUGUAGACCUGACCACAACCACGACGACCACCUCAACAGCUUCCUUGACUGCAACGUCUAAGACGAUGACAUCCACGGUGACGGCAACCACUCUCACCAGCACUAGCAACACAGCAACCGAGUCAACCACCGUCACCGGCGAGUUGGGUGGAAGUGGCUGGGUGGACAGCACGAUGCAGACGCAGUUGGCCCCUGUGCUGAUGGCAGGGCUUGCGCUAGUGGUCUUUGGCUGA